GUCAACAGGAAGUUGGAAUUUUGGUGUUGAGACUUCCAACUUUUGACUCUUCGAAUACUGCCUAUUUAAUUUCGAUUAAAGAAAUGGCACAGUUCGGGAGAGAUUUAGACACUGCAGCUAUAAGAAUAAUAUCAUCCGAAAUUAUUGAUAAGCACACGGAGUAUUUGAUAGAGGUUACGGUUGGUACCUAUACAUGGACAGUCAAGCACAGAUACAGUGAUUUCUAUGAACUCCAUGAAAAGCUUGUUUCACAAUGCAAAAUAGAUAAGACUCUGCUUCCACCCAAAAAGUUGUUUGGAAACCAGAAUGAGAGUUUUAUCAAGAAGAGACAAACUGAGUUAGAGAUCUACCUACAGACAGUAUUAUUUUACAUGACAAACAAAAUUGCACCACCCUUGGCUGCCUUUUUGGAGUUUCAUAACUAUGAAAUUCAUGGCAUUACACAGACUAUGGCAGAAGAUCUGUACAACAAAGGUGAUGUACUUCUCCAGUUGAAGGAGGUUUAUUCAGUUACACCAUUACAGUUACAUUGUUUGACAGAAAGACUCAAGUUACCAGAGCCUACAUGUGAUAGUGGAGAUACAAAGAAAGACAUAGGACAUAUUUUGGAUUUUAUAACCAGAGUUAAAUGUUUACAUGUCAAAGGUCAACAACACAAAGUAGGAACCAGUAAUAUACUCAUGGCAAAGCUAAAGUUUGAUUUGACUUUGUACAAGUCAUUGGAAUGUUUAGAAAUAGAGCAUAGUGAUCCAUUCUUGAUAUCUGGUUUAGAGACAAAUAAACAGUCGAUAGAACAUUUGUUUAUACAUUAUUCUUUAAAUUCCAUAAGGGAUAUAAUGUUACAAGAUAUUCCCCAUUGGAAAGCCGAGGAUGGUACUAUGGUUGUAUCACAUUGGGAGAAUUUGAUAGAAGUUGAUUUUAGUCACAAUUCUAUAUUACACAUAGAUGAUAGUGUGCAAUUAUUACCAAGAGUAGAAGUACUUGACUUGAGUUACAACAAACUAGAAUCAAUAGAACAUCUGAAUUGGUUAAGUCAGCUGACCAUACUUAAUCUGUCAUACAAUAACAUCAGUCAUCUUGACUCACUACAUACCAAACUAGGAAAUCUAAAGAAACUCAAUCUAGCUGGCAAUAAACUCAGUAGUCUCAGUGGUUUGUCAAAGCUAUUUUCAUUGGAGAAUUUAGAUGUUAUGGAUAACAACAUCUCACAGAUACCAGAAGUUAAAUAUGUUUGUGGACUGCCAUGCUUAGAAUGUCUGUAUUUGACGGGGAACCCGGUUACUGGGGUACUAGACUACAGAACUAAGGUCUUAGCUAUGUUUGGUGACAGGGUUGUUGAAGCUACACUGGAUCAAGAUAAACCGACAGAGAAGGAACUAGAUACCGUCAGAGUUGUUCAAGCAAUACAGAAAUCUAAAGAAAAGAAAGAAAAGAUGGAGAAAGAAAAAACUACAUCCUAUACAAGUUUGAGAAGAGAAUCUGAGAGCAGUCAAACUUCAGAAUUAGGUUGGAGUACAGUUCGUCCCACUAGUCUUUCAUCAUCAAGUAUUAACCAAGAAUCAUCCAACACUAAAUCAUCUGGCCAGAACAGAACAUCAAGCACUUCAAGCAUGUCUUCACUAACAUCAGAGCACAAACAGGAUCAUCUGGAAGAACAAACCAUGGUAGGACAUAAAAUGACAGAAAAAAUGGUGAAAUCAUCCAAGGACAGCUCAGCAGUUAACUGUAGUAAAUUACCCACAAUGUACCACAAAGAAUUUUCUAACUGGAUGCAGAAAAGGUUGUUUGGAACAUUAACCGACUGUGAACCUGUAGCAGAAAAGAUCAUUGACAUUUUAUGGUGCAUGGUUGUUCAGUAUUCAAACCAACAGGUGAUAGAACCAAGCUGUGUGGUGUUAACUGAAAGAAGAAUCUUUAUUUUACGACUGAAAAAGGGAAAAUCUACAUCUAUGAACAUUCCAGACAUGGAGACAUUUUACAUUAUGCCAUUGUCAAAUAUACAUGAGGUUCUGAUUGGUGCAUGCUACUCAUUUAUUCGAUUGGAAGAGUCAUUUGUUUCCUCAAGCGGAACAUUUGCAUUAGUUGUUACUGAUGCAGAUGCUGGAAAAUCAUUCGCUGAUGGAGUAGAAAAUUCCUUAAAGCAGGAUCAAGCUUCGGCUGGAGUAUCACCUAUCACCAAACAUUCUCAGUAUGGAGACCUUGCUAAGCAUAUCUUUAAGCUGGAGGAUGAACAAGGUCUAAGUACUGGACGACUAGCAUUUGCCAUGUGUGUAACCAUAGCUGGUAUAGAACAAAUGGCCAUGUUACUUUUAUCAGAAAACAGUGUAUAUUUAAUUGAUUUAGAUUGUCUGUUCUGGCCAAAGCCUUCAUACAUCACAGUAUUAGAGGACAUUAAAUCUCCUAACUUCACAUUCCUUCAGAAUCAUUCCAUUGGCACCAAAAUUAGUGAUAUCACAAUCAACAUAACAUUCAAAGAGAAACACUCUCAUAAAACACUGCCACAUCAAAAUGAAAUCAAAUUUGAAAAAUAUGGAUUUUCAAUGAUAUUUCAUGAACUGAUUGGCCCUGUAGGCUUUCAUGUGUCUUUUUUCUCAGUGAAAUCCAGAGAUGCAUUUCUUGACAGAUUAACUAAUCUUAGGUCUGAACAUGCUCACCAGAUGUCACCUACAAUUAGGGAGGAACCAGAAGGAGGUAAUGAAUCCUCUGACAGUCAGGAUAUUUCUUCUGAAGAUGACGGAGAUAUAAAUAUCAGAAAUUGUCCAGCCAGUAAUGUGACAUGUAAAGAUAGGUCAUUUACUGUGGCGGGUACAAAUGUCCACUCCGAACAAUUAGGGCUUUCGGGACUGUCAAAUAAAUUAUUUGAUGUUCCUUAUCUAACUCCUGAGUUAGGAUCACACUUACAAGAGUCACUCCAAUGCUACAGUUUGAUAAAACCAUUAACAUCCAAGCUGGAAAUGUUAGCUAAAGCCUCUGGUAAUGACUUGGUGCAUUACUUUCAUUCAGAUAUUUCUCUGAUUGGUUCAGAACAGGAGCAAUUACAUCAUGUCAUGUGGGGUACAGUUGUACCCUACCAAGAUAUUAAACAUGAAAUUGUUACUCUGAUCAUGUUUAGCACAAGAUCCAUGUACUUUAUUUCUGAACAGCUUGUCAAGUCUCCAGUGGUUGAACGUCCGUCCUGGAUGACUCACUCCCGUAAUAAAUCAGACUCUGUAAUUGGAUUCCAGGUUAAACAUCUUGACAAACAUCACAGUUCAGGGAUAAUUCAUAGCUCGCAGAGUAGAGGGACAAUCAUCAGAUCAUAUCAUGUCUUUAAUUACCGUGACCUCAAACAGGUCAACAUUGGCUUAUUUGAUCAAUGCGUUCGUAUCACUGGAAAAGAUCAGAAUUCUGUUUACACAAUUGUUACUCGUGAUUCUAUGGUCACACAAAAGGUAUUGCACUACCUCAAUGCAAUGCUUUCCAUUUUCCAGUCCUCACCAAUGUUAGAGAAGAGUUCAAGUGACUUAGAACAAGAUUUUUAUAGAGCAUUUGAUAAACGUACAAAGACGACUAUUGAAGGCAUGGAAUACACUCACCCGAGUCGUGUACAGUUUGUUUAUCCAGGAGAGGAUGUCAUCACAGAUCUACUGUAUGUCAUUACUGAACAUUUACGAUUGCCUCUUAAUGCUAAGAGAAAGGCAGACAUUUUGAUGUACUUACAGGGCUAUAUAAGGUCAUCUGAAUCAGAUGGGAUUGACUUAUUUGCAAAGUCCAUCGUUCUAACCAAUCAGUACUUGUGUAUUAUAAAUGAAGAUGUUGUAAGUUAUCCAUUGCCAGACUUUGUAAGGGGAAUUCCCAACACGCCAAGAUAUGUCUUGACUGAAUGCAGGAAAGUAGAUUUUCUGAAGAGAAUAUUAUUGUUCAAAGAAGACAGUAAGAUAGCGACACUCAUCUUCUCUGAUGAACCAGAUGAUAUUGUGGUGGAUGCUGAUCACUUUAGUUUAGACAGUGAUUCCAAGGGGAGACAAUCUCCACCAGAAAUUGAAAUAAUGUUGUUCAUUCAGAGUGAAAAGGAAAUGGACAAAUUUAUUUUGUUACUUAGAAACCAGUGGAGAGAUAUACAACAUGGCAAUGAAUUGGAAGUACAUUUAUUGUAGAAUUAGACACAGAUUAAUUUCUAAUAAUUAUUAAAUGUUCAAUUCCUCAGCCAUUUUGUCUUUAAGAAAUAUUAGCUUUUACAGCUUAAAGUUUGUGUAAGUUACACUGACUUCUUGUGUGAUAUACAGAAAGGGAAAUAACUCCUUUAAAAAGUUUCUAAGGUGCUUCAGUUGACAUUAAAAUUGGGGUCCUGAGGAUGUAACAUGAUCUUACUGAAUUAGUUAUAUUGCUUUUGAAAUUAGAGAUAAACAUGAGGAGUGAUAGUUAGACACGGGUAUGAAAAGACUGAUUGCAAUAAUUUUAAAGUAUUUUUAAAGACUUGCAAUACAUAAAUGGUUCUUUCUACUCAACAAAUAAUAAUCAAGAUUCAAACAUGAGACUUCAUUACAAGAAUAUUUUUAUUUUUUUUGCGUUUUUUUUAUUUUAACAUUUUUUUAUGGAUUUGACAAACAAUUGUAAAGAUGUGUUUUUAUCAAGUCCUGCUAUAUCAUGCAUAUUUUCUUAUUUUUAUUUGCUUGUGAGCUGAAGCAAGGAAGGAACCUGAAAAAAAAACUUACUUCAAAUGAAAAAAUAUUGUCUAGAUUAACAAGCAUUGAAAUAACAAAAUGUUUUUAGCAAACACAAAAACUGAAUAUUUUGAUAACUGUUUUAUCAUCUUGUAAAAGAUAAAUGUUUAAACUGUACUACACUUAACAAAAAUAGUUGGGGGAGAAUCAAGACAUACUUUCCUUUGCAACUGCAUUAAGGUUUUCAACACAAUAUGUUCUCAAAUCAAACUCUUAAAAUUUACAGCAUGAAACAUUUUAAUUUUUGGUACUGGCAUGAUUUAUAACACAUCUUUUUAUGCCCCCACCGUAGCGGAGGGGGCAUUAAGUUUUACCCUUGUCUGUCUGUACGUACGUCCGUACGUCCCAAAGUUGGUUUCCGUUCUCUAACUUUAGUUUGCUUCAACCAAAUGUUAUGAAACUUAUACAAAAUGCUUAUUACCAUAAAAAACAGAUCAAGUUUGAAUUUUGCUGGCGUCACUUUAACCGUUCUAGAGUUAUGCCCCUUUACAAAUGGAAAAAUUGCUGAAUAUUUAUGCCCCCGCAGUAGCGGAGGGGGCAUUAAGUUUUACCCUUGUCCGUACGUCCCGAAAUUAGUUUCCGUUCUCUAACUUAAGUUUGCCUCAAUCAAAUGUUAUGAAACUUAUACACAAUGUUUAUUACCACAAUACACAGACUAGUUUCAAUUAAGGUAGCAUCACUUUUACCGUUCUUGAGUUAUGUCCCUUUAUAAUGUUGUAUGCAAGCGGGGGCAUCAUCUGUGUCCCAUGGACACAUUCCCCAUUUAUUUGUUUCUGUUCUCUAACUUUAGUUUGCCUCAACCAAAUGUUAUGAAACUUAUACACAAUGCUUAUUACCACAAAACACAGAUCAAGUUUGAAUUUUGGUGGUGUCACGUUAACCGUUCUAGAGUUAUGCCCCUUUACAAAUGGAAAAAUUGCUGAUUUUUUCGUUUUCAUUCUCUAACUUAAGUUUGCCUCAACCAAAUGUUAUGAAACUUAUACACAAUGCUUAUUACCACAAAACACAGAUCAAGUUUGAAUUUUGGUGAAUUUAUGCUUCUUAUAAAAUGUUAUUUUCAAUUUUUUAUGCAUUCUGUGUAAUUAAAAUUAAAAAUGAAUUAUGUAUAAAUUUAAAAAAAAAGAGUUCUGUUUAUCUUUACAAUUAUAAAUGAUCCCAACAGAAUGACUGUUUUAUACAAUGUUAUGUCACACAAUGUUGCCAGACCAAUAUAAAUGUAUUAAUGUUUACUUAAAUAUGUAUUUAUACACUGCCUUCUGUAGAUAUUUUAACAGGGGCCUAAAUAAAAUACUGAAAUUGAUA